UUAAGGCUUCAUACCGCAAUCCUAGACCUGCAGAUCGAUCAGCAAACCCAUCUGAGUGAAAUGGCGGAACAAGUGAAGGUGCUAGGAUCGUGGGGGAGCCCUUUCAGCAAGCGGGUAGAACUCGCCCUCAAACUUAAAGGCGUGGAUUACGAAUGCAUUGAGCAAGAUCUCGCCAACAAGAGUCAAUUGCUACUCGACUACAACCCAGUUCACAAAAAGAUCCCUGUCCUCAUCCACAAUGGUAAACCUAUAGUUGAAUCUCUAGUCAUUCUAGAAUACAUUGACGAAACAUGGCCCCACAACUCCAUCUUUCCCCACGAUCCCUAUGAGAAAGCCAUGGCCCGAUUUUGGGCUAAGUUCAUCGAUGAGAAGUGCAAUGAGGGGGUGUGGAAGAUUAUGUGGUGCAAAGAGGAGGAAAGAGGGGAAUUGGUGGAGGACGUGUUGCAGCACUUUGGAACACUUGAAGGUCAGCUGAAGGACAAGAAGUUCUUUGGAGGAGAAGAGAUUGGGAUGGUGGAUAUAGCUGCCAACUUCAUUGGGUAUUGGCUUGGGCUGGUCCAAGAAGCGAUUGGGAUGGAGUUGGUGACUAGGGACAAGUUUCCAGUGCUGUGCAAAUGGAUGGAUGAGUUUGUUGGGCACAGUGUGGUGAAGCCAAUUCUCCCUCCCAGGGACGAGCUUCUCGCUAUAUUCAAAGCUCGCUUUAAUGCAGCUGCUUGGGAAUACUGAGGAGGAAUUGAUAGUUUUCCAUUUUAUGGUUUCUGAUAUAUACAUAUAUCUAAUAUUUUGCAAAGACUAUUUUAAGUAUAAAUUUGUAGUCUUCUAUAUUUCAA